AUGAGCUCGCCCAAGCAAAUAUCCAUCGCCAUCAUCGGUGGCGGUCCAGGAGGACUGGGUACGGCCAUCGCACUAUCAGAACUCCCAUACGUAUCUGUCAAACUAUACGAACAAGCACCCGAGCCACGCGAAGUCGGUGCCGGAAUCACCAUUAGUCGGAAUGGGUGGAAUGUGCUGCGGUUACUUGGGGCUGCGGAUGGGGUGAAGGGUGCGAAGCAGGGACAUUCGUGGCAGAGGAAUGGAAGGACAGGAGAACCUGUGAUUCAACCGCCAGAUGCGUCGGCGAUUGAGAAGGUAAAGGAUGACCCGUUUGCUUCGAUUAGGGCUCGGCGGACGCGGUUGCAGGCGGCGCUGCUGGAGAAGGUCCCGCGGGGUGUCAUUCAAUUCAGCAAGAAGCUCGUCUCGCUAGAGGAUCUUGGCGAGAAUAAAGGAGUCCAUCUGGUAUUCAAAGACGGGACGGAAACGACUGCGGAUCUUGUUGUCGGGGCUGAUGGGAUUCGAUCGAUUGUUCGGCGAACGUUGUUUCCAGAUCACCAUCUGCACGUUACAGGAAACACCGCAUUCCGCGUCCUCGUCCCGGUCAACUCAAUCGCCCAUCUGACCGACUUUCCAACAUCCAACGGAUGGUGGCAUGUAUUGAACGGACACCUGUACUUCUCCCACGUAGACGACGAGUCCGAGAGAGAGCUCUGCGAGAUCACAAUCAGAUCAUAUAAUGAGUCCGUAACCCCCGACAGGACAGCGACCUGGGCGAUACCAGUGACGAAUGAACAGGUCCAAGCUCGAACUGGGGAAUACGACCCCCGCAUCAAGAAGCUCCUCAACGUCGUCCCCGAAGGAUCCUGGCGCGAGUUCGCAAUGGUAGCCGGCCCAUGUCUCAAGGACAUAACAGCGUGGAAUAAAAUCGCCCUUAUCGGCGACGCGAGCCAUCCUCUGUCUGGGGCGUUCGGGUCUGGGGCUGCGUUUGCUAUGGAGGAUGGCUGGAUUCUGGCUCGGGCUAUUGAGUACUCAGUUAACUCGAAGACGGGUCUUGGGGAUGCGUUGGAGAUUUUUCAGCGCAUUCGGGGGCCUUAUUAUGAGCGGAUGUAUGAGUUUCUUGAUCGAAAGGGGAAGGAGAUUCAGGAGUCUCGCAAAGGGGAUGAUUUUGAGCGUAUCAUUAAAGUGAGAGUGCAAGGAUUUGGUCUUGUGAGCGGCACGCUAGACUGGAUCUAUAAGAAUGACAUUGAGGAGGUCUGGAAGGCGUAUGUGGAUGGUGAGCAGGCGGCCAAAUUAUAG